AUGUAUGAAAUAUCGAAUUACAUAUCUGAGAUAUCUGGAUCAAAGGGUGUUUCUCGCUUCUCUGGAUGGGUGAGUUUACACUCCCCUUUUGGUACGACUGGGGCAAAUAUAUUUAUUCAAGGUGCUAUCACGUCAUCUAAUUCAAAGAUGUCAAUAGUUCUCCCAAGCCAAACCAAAACUACCUCAGAUUCGAGACGCUUCGAUAACUCAAGAUCGUUAGAUAAAAAUACUCCACCAAAAGAUCGAUCAAUUCAUGAAAGACCAAGCAUAAAUAAAUCGUCUAGUACGAGAUCUCAAAGUUCUCGCUCAUUUAGUUCGACAGAAAACGAUAUGCUAGCAACAUAUAACAAUACUGAGCGAGAAAUACAGAAAAUCAACAAUAAAGUCGAUAGAAUACUAACUCAGCAAUCAUAUGUUUCUAAGCCAAAUAAAAGACUCUUCUGCGAUACUUCUGAUAUCCAAUAUUCCGAAGUCAAGCAACAGCCAACUCCACGGAAGAAGAAACAUAGCGAUUCAAAUACAUCUACAAUACCUAGAUGCGCACGUCCUGAGUUCAAUGUAAAGAAAACUCCACCACAAACUCAUAAUUUCUCCUUCAAACCAGACUUAAGUCAUAAUAAGCCAAAGACACAAAAGGCCAAACCUAGACCAUCUGCGAUUAAAAAGGAUUCGUCUUCUUCCAGCCUUAGUGAAGAAAAAGUCGUCAAGAAAGAAGAAGUUAAACAAGAAGUCAAAGAACAAAAAAUUGAAGAGAAGAAAGAGGAGAAAAUCGAAGAAAAGAAGGAAGAAAAAGUUGAGGAAAAGAAAGAAGAAAAGGCUGAAGAGAAGAAAGAAGAGGAAAAGAAAUCAGAUUCUGAUUCUUCAUCUGAUAGCGAUUCAUCAUCUCUUAGCAUUUCAAGUAAAUCUGAUAAGAAACAAGAAGAAAAGACAGAAGAAAAACCAAAAGAAGAAGAGAAGAAAGAGGAGAAAAAGAAAUCAGAAUCAGAUUCUUCGUCAUCAGAUAGCGAUUCAUCAUCAAUUAAUAUUUCAGAUGAUGAAAAGAGUAAAACUAAAGAAGAUAACACCGAAAAAUCAAUUAAAAUUAGCUCUUCAAGCGAUGGUUUGGAUUCAAUCUUGAAUUCAACAAAAACUUCAGCAGCUUCUUCACCAACAAAAGAGAAAGUUACAGAUGCUACUGAUAAAAAAGAAGAAAAAGCUAAAAAGGAGAAGAAAAGCGAUGAUUCAGAUAGUUCUUCUUCUGAAAAGAAAGAAAAGGCGAAAGAUAAGGAGAAAAAGAAGGACAGUGACAGUUCUUCUUCAAAGGGUAUCUUAUCAAGCUCAUCUUCUAGUGGAUUCUUCUAA